AUGAGAUCCGUAGUACUGACAGCAGCUUCGGCUUUCACUGCGCAUGCUGCACUCUAUCCCAAGACCGGCACAAGCAACCAUACCUGCGUGCUCGACCCGGCAUACUUAUCAUGUUCAGCCAAAGCGAAUCCAGCGGAUGUUGAUACAUGCUGUGUUGAGACCUAUGGCGGUCUUCUGCUAGCUACCCAGUUCUGGGAUGUUUGGGCAGACAAGCCACUGCCGGAAAACACCUGGACUUUGCAUGGUCUUUGGCCUGACUUCUGUAAUGGCUCGUACACGCAAUACUGCGAUCUCAGUCGCCAAUACGAUCCCGUCCCAUCACCGAACACGACGAAUGGCCUGCCGAAUGGUACAGUGGUCCCACCGUACAACGGCAGCAACAUCGGCACGUUCCUCGAGCCGUUCGGGAAAUACGAUCUCCUCGCGUGGAUGAACAAGUACUGGAUCUCUCAGACCGGACCGAACGCUGACUUCUGGGGACAUGAAUUCAGCAAGCACGCCACUUGCUUCUCGACAUUCGAUGUGCCAUGCUACGGACCAAAGUACCAGCAGCAUGAAGAGGUGGUAGAUUUCUUUGAGACUGCGAUUGGAUACUACCAAAAGUUCUCAACUUGGGAGUGGCUUGCGAAGCAUGGCAUCACGCCGAGCAACAGCACUGGAUAUAGCAGAGUCCAGCUUGAGAAUGCUCUUGCUGCUGAGCAUGGCGCUGUACCAUACGUGGGCUGCUCUGGGCCGCGAUACAAUGACACUGCUGCAGGAAAAGCUGCGAAGAGCACGGAUACGGGCAGGACUGUCUUGAGUGAGGUUUGGUAUUAUAUGCACGUCUUUGGACGCCCGCAAGACCACCGCUACGUGCCAGUCGACCAGACAUCGAGGCCGCCUCCCAAAGGCUAA